AUGCCUGUGCUCUCCCGUAUCCUGUCGAUCGCCUUGCGCGCGGUGGAAAUUAUCUGCGGCGCGAUCGUGGCUGGUAUCAUCGGCUACUAUCUUAACUCUUUCGACAAACUGGAAGCGUGGCCCCAGGCUCGGUGGAUCUACACCGAGGUGGUCGCUGCCGUAUCGAUCAUCCUUGGUUUUCUCUGGCUGAUUCCUUGCUCUUUCGGUUUCUUCUCCUGGCCUUUCGACGUUAUCAUCUCGUGCGCCUGGUUCGCCGCUUUUGGUAUCCUCGUCGAUGCCAUCCACAGGUUCAGCUGUGGAAGUAUCUGGCACUGGGGAGGCAUCACCCAUGGCGAUUCUUGCGGUCGCUGGAAAGCCGCCGAGGCCUUCAGUUUCAUUUCCGCCUGCGUAUGGAUGGUGUCUGGCAUUGUGGGCAUUUGGUUUACCUUCCGCUCCCGUCGUUCCAGUGGUCUCCGCUCCGCCGUUUGA